UAAACAAAGCUUAAGCUGAAAAAUAAAGUUUAAUUUCAGAAAAGAAAUUGAAGCGGCACGUACGAGGUCAUCGUCACCAAAAGCUCCAUGACUUGUUCUGAUCAUCAAGCCCCAGACAGUAACGGCUCCACGCCGAACCACGUCCGAACCAAUGGUAUCGCGCCACAUCAUCAUCACCCUCAACCCAUCGUCUCUCUGGACCAUGGCGAUCCGACAAUGUACGAGGCAUAUUGGAAGAAAGCUGGGCAAAGGUGCAGUGUGACGAUGUCUGGAUUCCAAUCUCUGAGUUACUUCGGUGACGGCAAAACUCUGUGCUGGUUCAUGGAGAAAAAACUGGAGGAUGAGAUCAGGAAGCUGCAUAAAGUCACCGGAAACGCAGUUGUCGACGGCAAACACAUCGUGGUUGGAACAGGAUCGAGUCAGCUGAUUCUAGCUGCGCUCUACGCCCUCGCCUACACCCUAGAUAUCUCCAAUCCGGUUGACGUCGUCUCCGCUGCCCCCUACUAUUCGUCGUAUCCAGAGAUGAUCGAGUUUCUGCGGACGGGGCUAUUCAAAUGGUCCGGCGAUGCGCGGUGCUUCGACAAGGACGUACCAUACAUCGAAUUCGUGACAUCCCCCAACAAUCCCGACGGCUCCACCAGAGAGGCCGCCGUGAUGAAUCGAGGCCAAUUAGGCAUGCUUGUUCACGACCUCGCCUACUACUGGCCUCAAUACACCGCCAUCACAUCCGCUGCUGAUCACGACCUCAUGCUCUUCACUGCUUCCAAAUGCACCGGCCACGCCGGAUCCAGAAUCGGAUGGGCAGUUGUUCGAGAGGAGAAUGUGGCGAGGAAGAUGGUGAAGUUCAUUGAGAUGAACACGAUCGGAGUGUCCAAGGAAGCGCAGCUGAGAAGUGCAAGCGUGAUGGAGUUGAUCUCCCUGAGCUGCCAGAAACGGAAGCCUUGCGACGUGGAGAGUUUCUUCGACUACAGCCAAUGCACAUUGGCGGAUAGGUGGAAGAGAUUGAGAGACGUCGUCACCAAGAAUCAACUCUUCAGCCUCCCCAAAUUCCCAUCGCACUACUGCAAUUUCAGGAGAGAAGUCGUUCAAACAUAUCCUGCAUUUGCAUGGAUGAAAUGCAAAGAGGGGAUAGAUGGGGAGCGGCUGCUAAGAGAGCAUAAAAUAGGAACAAGAAGCGGUAGGCGAUUCGGGUGGGAAGCAGAGUAUGUUAGAAUCAGCAUGUUGAGUAGGGAUGACGACUUUGAUCUCUUUCUGCACAGGCUCUCAACUAUUCAACCCACAGCUAAUGGAAAUCAGAAUUAACUACAUCAGCUUUCAACAUUUUAAUUUAGUCCCACUUUUAUACACACAUUUUUUCCCUUUUUGGGGAUGUUCCCAUUCUAUUGGACACAUUUUCUAAUCUCUAUUUAUUUUAUUCCCUCCACUUGGCAUUGCAUUACAUUACAUUGAAUGGACUAGUUCUUUUUUGGCACCCAGCGCCUGUCUCGGCAUUGCGGUGAACAACAUAUAUAAAUUGCCUUUUUUGUCUC